CAUCAUUAAAAUCAGAUACAACUUCCCUUAAACUCUCAUACAUUAACUAUACAGAAAGUACGUCAGGUACUACAUCUCCCGAUAGUGCGCCACAAGUAGUAAACGUUCAAGCUUAUGAUGACGGGGCAAUUCUUGUCAGCGUUGCACGGCAAAGCGAUCCACAAAAGCAAAAAAGUAAAAUACCAAUAUACAAUUCACUCAAUUGCACAUCGAUUUUCGAAAAUGUAUUACGACUAAGAGUUAUUCAAUCAACUGGAAAAAUUAAAGAAAUUAGUUCCAAUAUGAACAUUGAUCCCGUGAAUUUUUGUAUAUUUAAUGACUCAUACGGAACCCCAGUGAACCCUAUUAAAGUAUAUCUUUUAAAAAAACAUUUUAUUCUAGUAAAUUAUGUGAAAACUGACACUGGAAAUUAUGAAGAGUGGGGAAGUGUCAUUGAUUGGAGUGGUAACAGUAUAAGUGAAAUACAUUAUGGACCGUCUUAUAUUAAUUCUAAUGGCGCUUGGAGUCCACAAAGUAUAAUUCAAUUAAAUGUGAAGAAACAAGGAUUUUUUAGAUUUAAUACUGUAAGG